AUGACUUCACGACAAUUGUCUGUUACAUAUUGCUUAUCCCCACAGCAGUCUCAGUCAAACAAAAAUGCUCAUAUUUUACCAAUUACUAAGAUUUUAAACCCUGUUUUAUCAAAUGAUUAUUUCUUAACCAUAUCAAGAGAUGGUUCCAUUAUAUUACAUCCCAAUGAUCAACAUACCCCAAAAUUAAGAUUACAGAUUCAUUCUGAUUGGAUUAGCGACGUUGUGGAGAUUAAUCAACAUGAAUAUGUUACUGUAAGCCAUGAUUUUGCUAUAAUCUUAGUUAAAGUCGAAAAUUCUGAUAAUCAGUGGAAAUAUUCCACUAAAAUUAUAGGAUAUCAUAACGAUUAUAUUAAAUCUGUCUGCUUACUCAAUGACAAUUACAUAAUAACCUCAGGGUUAGAUUCCUCUAUAAAAAUUUGGGAAAUUAAGGAUAGUAGUAGUGGUAAAAUAGAAUUCAAAACAAGUAUUACAAAUAGUGGUAUUUCAAAUUAUGCCAUGGCUAUUCUGAAUCCAAAUAAGUUCAUAAUUGGCGAUUCAAAUGGUGAUCUAGUUUAUUAUGAAUUUCAACAGCAGGAAAAUAUCAUAGUGGAAAUUAAAAGGAUUAGGAAUGCUCAUGAUACAAAUAUUAAAGUAAUAAAACUAAUAAAUAAUAACCAGACUCUAAUUUCAGCAUGCUCUAACGCUAUUUUGAAAAUAUGGGAUGUGCAAAAUGAUGAUUUAACGAAUAUUUUAUCACAAAAAUGGGAUUGUAAUAUCUGGUCUAUUGAUACCUUUAACGAUAACAAUGAUUUGAUAAUAGGUGAUUCAAAUGGUAACAUUUUUUCUUUGACAUACUCCAAUCAAAAAGUAGCUUUUAAUAAAAUCUUAAACUCUAAAGAAGUUUUGAAAGAACCUUUCAAAAAACAUCUUGGAAUUUUAGAUUUGAAAAUAAUCAAUAAUACAAUAUAUUUCUCGUACUGCUCAGAUUCAAAUUUGACGAAGUUGAAUCUCUCAGAUAAUUCGUUGGAAAUUGAAAAAGGUGGUGUAGCUUUAAUCAGAUCUUCUCUUUUAACAAAUAGAAGACACGUUAUCACUGAAAAUACAUUGGGAAAAAUCCAAAGAUGGGAUAUUAUAUCAUGUGAAUUGAUUAACACUUUCAAUGCAAGUGACGGGGAUUUUGAUGAAGUUGUUGUCAAAUACACUUCAAAGGAAAUAUUGGCUCAUUGGUGUUCUGUCUCAAUUAAAGUGGGCAUUUUAUUCAUAAAAAUUGGACCAAAAUUUUUAAACACUGAAGUCUAUGGUAGUGCAUUAAAUGAUUAUCAUAUUUUGAAUAAUGUAAGUAUCAAUCCAGAUAAUCGUUACAAUUUAGGUAAAAUUUUUGUCAACUCCUUUUUCAAUGAUUUUAUUGACUAUGAACUAUCAAAGGACAAACAAUUUAGAAAUAGCCUAUCUUCAUUGAAAAAAAAUGACAAUGAAAAUACAGAUUCAUUAUUCAAAGAUUCCUAUACAUCCGCCAGUUCUAGUGACAAACAUAAUAAGGAUAAACCAAAGAAAAAAUCUGCGUUUAUGAAACUCAGUUCAUCAAUUACAAUUAGUAGAACAAACACAAACGGCUCAGUAUCAAAUAGUAAAGAUCCAACUCCUUACAUAUCAGUUCCAACCACUCCCAUAGAUACUGAUGCUCCGUCGGUAACAACAGGUAAUCUUACAGCAAAUGAUGCGCCAUUAGAAUCAUCUCAAGUUCCACCAUCUUUGCAACCAAAUGAUGAAGAAACGCCACUAAUUCAGCCUUCUCCAUCAGCUAUCCCAAAACCACCAAGCUCUGGUCGCACCCUCAGCUCCGGUUCUUUGCUAAGUAGGAAAUUCAAAUCAUUAAGAAGCAGCUCAAAUAGACAACUUAAUGAAUCAUCAGAAACUACGCGGGCUGCUACUACAAGUGUAUCUGCCACGAACAACAAACCUUUCACGACCGUGGAUGAUCCUGUGUAUCAUGACGCACUACACAAUUUCUUGACAAAAGACAUAAUGCCUGAAUCAAUUACAUUCCCGAAAGAAAACGGUAAUAAUGCAAAUAUUUAUACAAUGCUGAGAUCAAAUGACGCAUCUAGAUUAAAUUCUGAAUUGACAAUGGACUUGCCCAAGAUCAAAAAGCAAGAACUCAUGCCUGAUCUAUUGCUAGAAUUCCAUGAGUCUUACAUCCAGCAAUAUAAUAAUUAUGGCUCUUCAUUGAAGCUGUUAACAAAGAAAUUACCUGAUUCUUUAAUAAAGAAAUCACCAACAUGUCCACUAUUGAAGAUCAAAUCAAAUUGUUUGAUUUUAGUCCAUUCCUGGAACGAUGAUGCUUGUGGUGGAAGAGUCAUAUUUUCAACCAUGUUGCCUCAUUCUUCAUCAGCAACCGGCUCCACACAGCUUUCUUUAUCUUCUUCUAAUUCAUCUUCUGCGUCCCCCUCAAAUUUUGGCUCAUCAACAGAAUCUCUUGAAUCAACGAGAUCUCUAUCACAAUUUGAUGUGAUCGUAAACAAGAAUAAUGAUAGGUCGGAGAUUUUUGAGAAUUUGGAAAAGCAUCUGCCAUAUUGGUUUGCUAAGAAUCUUUGUGAUGACACCAAUGUUGUCGAGGACAAGCAACCCAGGUUAAACUUUACGAUUAUGCCAUGGACCGAUCCAGAUUCUGAAGUGGCCCCAGCUGACAAUAACGCUGAUCCUAUAUCGCCACCUACAACUAGUGAAUCUACGAAUCAACAAUUCGUUCAUAUGCUGAAGUUCGGAAGAUCCAAGACAAAUGAUUCUACAUCGUAUGCUACAGAUCUACCAAAAGUGGCCGAAGCAAACACUAAAUUGGUUGCUCCAGGAAUGAUUAAAGUCAAGAAAAUUAAGAUGUACGUAAUUGAUAGGUUUGAAACCAAAACACCUGAAAUGAAGUCAAAGGUUGAUCCAAGUGAAUGGUUAGAACUACUGUGUAAAGAGCAGGUCUUAGACAACGAUAUGACUCUAAGUACUGUUAAGACUUUAUAUUGGAAAUCUACCAGUGAAAUAAUAUUACAUUACAGAAGGAAAUCAUGA